AUGACGCCGCUGUCGAGUUUCCACAGGGCAGAGAGACGAUCCAGAGCUUCCUCUGCUCCACUCGCUGGCUGUUUGAGACAUCUGGUACCAGUCAGAACCCGGGUGUGUCCCAGAACCCUAACCCGGCAGGAUGAACUGGUCCGGAUUGGAGAAUCUGCUGAGUGGGGUCAAUAAGUACUCCACAGCCUUUGGGAGGAUCUGGCUGUCCAUGGUGUUUGUCUUCCGGGUCAUGGUGUUCGUAGUGGCAGCCCAGAGGGUGUGGGGAGACGAGAGCAAGGACUUUGUGUGCAACACCAAACAGCCUGGCUGUAACAACGUCUGCUACGACCAUAUCUUCCCCAUCUCCCACAUCCGUCUGUGGGCGCUGCAGCUGAUCUUCGUCACGUGCCCAUCUCUGAUGGUCAUGGCUCAUGUUAAAUACCGCGAGGGGAAGGACAGGAAGUACAUGGCAGUGCACCAAGGCUCUCACCUUUACGCCAACCCCGGAAAGAAGAGAGGAGGUCUGUGGUGGACGUAUCUGGUGAGCUUGGUCUUUAAAGCCGGGUUUGACACUUCGUUUCUCUACAUUCUGUAUCGGAUCUACCAUGGAUACGACCUCCCCAAACUCUCCAAGUGUUCCCUGGCACCGUGUCCCAACACUGUGGACUGCUUCAUCAGUCGUCCAACAGAGAAGAAGAUCUUCAUGCUCUUCAUGGUCGUGUCCAGCGCCAUCUGCAUAUUAAUGUGCCUCCUUGAGAUGAUUUACCUCAUUGGCAAGCGCAUCUUGAAAGURAUAAACAUCCGAAACGAGAACCAGAGGGUUGUGUUCGCCGACCAGCAUGAACUCACCGCCAUCACACCUCCCAGGUCCCAGUACCGGAGGGCGGACCCGACGCUAGCAGAGAGCCAGCUGAGUUUAAGCAAGCGGGAGAAGACUGAGGGUCGACAGAAAACGACCCUGCUGUAGCAGAGACCGGUGGAAAACAGGAAGACCGAAGGUCCUGGGAUCACGGGAACAAGAACUUUAAGGGUUCCCUUCAGGAGGAACUGCUGCUUCUGCAGACGGGAGGCUGGAUGGAGCUUUCAGGAGCAGAACAAAACUCUCAGCUCUGCUUGGGUUUAGCUGGCUUUGCUUAAUGACUGUUUAUCAGAAAACUGCAUCUGGUGCCUCUUUUUAUUUAUUCAUCCAACGAGACCUAAGAAGUCACAUGAUGUAACGACUCCAUGACAACCARGGGUUACCGUCCUCACAGUGGCWGACGGCCAAAUUACUUCAUCACAUUUACUCCCCGACUUUCUGUACCAAAGGUUGUAGACCAUGCACAUCAUGUCUGUAGCUACAGAAAAAGCUAGAAACAGCAAGAGGCCAAGGUCAGGCCAGAGGUCAAAGGUCAGGCCGGAGGUCGAAGGUCAGGCCAGAGGUCAGAGGUCAGGCCGGAGGUCAGAGGUCAGGCUGGAGGCGUGUGUGCACCGCCUUCCUCAGACUGUAGGGUGCUCUGGUAGCUGCCUGAUGCAGCCCACUGGGCCCAUUCCUGGUUCUGCUGCUGCCAGAACAACCAGCAGCGUCCUGG